GUUCCCAGCACCGGGCACUGCAACCGGCCUCACACUGAUCCAGCCACCUCGACAAACCCACAGGGAUUAACAUCGUCCUCCAGGCACACCGUCUCACACAGCACUGACUCAAUUCCUCAGCUUUCAGACCCGAGUGCGGAGCGAGUUCAGUGUGAGAUGACCAUUCGGCCCCUCCAGGUGGCAGAGGGGCUUCUGCUGGGAAACCGUGAGCACAUGUCAGCCUUGGGCACGGAGCUGUCGGUACCUGGCAGUGGGGACCUGGGGAACUCCAGCUACCAGACUCUGGGCGGCCGUACUAUGGGGGAGCUCAUUGCUAUCCUGUUGGUGACUUGCAGUCUCUCCUUGGUGACGGUGCUGGGUAACGUCCUGGUACUACUGUCCGUCUGGUUGAACCGGAACCUCCGGACAGUGAGCAACUACUUCCUGCUGAGCCUGGCCUUAGCUGAUCUGAUCAUUGGCCUUCUUUCGAUGAACCUGUACACCAGCUACAUCAUUCUGGGUCACUGGGCACUAGGUAGCCUGACCUGUGACCUCUGGCUCACUCUGGACUACGUGGUCAGUAACGCCUCGGUCAUGAAUCUCCUGGUGAUCUGCUUCGACCGGUACUUUGCCAUCACUCGCCCCUUGACGUACAGAGCCAAGCGGACCCCACGGAGAGCAGCCAUCAUGCUUGGCAUAGCCUGGUGCGUCUCCAUCAUGGUGUGGGCACCCACCAUCAUGUGCUGGCAGUACAUCGUAGGCCAGCGGGCGGUGAGGGCAGGUAGUUGCCAUGUCCCGUUCCUCUCUGAGCCCCUCAUCACCUUUGGCACAGCGACCAUUGCCUUCUACCUGCCUGUCGUGAUCAUGAGUGUCCUGUACGCCCGCAUCUACAGGGAGACCAAGAGGCGCACACAGUCGCUGGCAGCCCUCCAGGAGACAGGGGGCAGUGCUGCCAACAGGCAGGGCACGGGCCGGAGGCUGCUGGAGUGUGGGCACUCACCCUCCGCCACGCCAGAGGGUCAAUCCUGGCCCAGGGUCAUGCGGCUCCCAGUCUUGGAGAGGAAAACCUCCACUGUCAAAGAGAAAAAAGCAGCCAGGACGCUGUCCGCCAUCUUGUUGGCGUUUAUAGUCACCUGGUCUCCGUAUAACGUCAUGGUGCUGGUGUCGGCGUUCUGCACCGACUGUGUUCCCAGCAGCCUCUGGCAGCUGGGGUACUGGCUGUGCUACGUGAACAGCACUGUCAACCCCGGCUGCUACGCUCUGUGCAGCACCGAGUUCCGCAUCACCUUCAAAAGGCUCUUAGUGUGUCACUGCGACCGGAGGGAGUGGGCCCUGAAUGUGCCAGUGAGGCAAGCCAGGGCCGGGUAGGAGGCAGGAGUCCCUCCUCCACCCUGCAGGAGUCAGGGCUCCCACCACCCCCACCCCCACAACACACACACCUGGGGGGGGAGGAAAUCAUACAGACCCAGACCCCAGGGCAGCCAGGAAUAGAUACCAGGAGCCUUCCCAAUUCCCCUUUCGCCUGUCCCUGAUCACCCACAACCACCUAUCCUGGUGGGUCUAGGCCACUCAGGGAGCCUGGACCCCUCAUUCACUCCGUCCCUGACUGUCACAAAGUCCUCCCCGCCAGCCCUCCGUAAAUAACCCCCUAACAUUGUCCCUGUCCCCGGGCACUGGGUACAGAGGGGCAUGCCCGGGUCUGGGAGAGGGGCUGAAUGGCUUCCUCCUCUUUAAGGACACGGUCAGGCCUUGCUUAAACAACACAGCAAGAUCCCACAAACUGGGGCUGGGGGGCUCACAUUUUAGAAGGAGCAUUACAGUAGGCCAUUCAGCCCAUCUUCACCUGUUCCUCCAUUCAACGGCUGAUCUGAUCAACGCCAAAUCCUCGUCACUGACCCCCCCCCAUAACCCCUAACUGAUUCAAAAGUCGCUCUCCCUCUCUCAGCCUUGAAUAUCCAGAAUGAGCCAGACUCAACAGCCCUCUGUGGGAAAGCCUUCUGCUCAGAGUGACGAGAUUCCUGGUCUUCCAUCUUCCAUGUGCAACUCCUCAAAGAGGGGGCUCCCUCUGGUGUGAGACUGCCCCCACAAAGGAUAACAAUGCUACCAGGUGUCCGCUGGUGAAGUGCCCUCUGAACCUUCUACGUUUUAGUAAGGUCGCCCUUGCGUUCUUUCUAACUCCACUGAACCCAGGCCCGACCCGCUAGGCCUCGCCUCCUCAGGCAGUGCCUCUGUUGCUGGGAUCAGCUCCCUCUGGGCUGCCUGCAGCCCCGGGAUGUUUUUCCCUUGGAAGGGGAAACGUUCACUGCCUCUCCAGUGUUCGGAAAGCUGGCAGGUAUCAUGGAAUCCCGACAGUAUGGAAGCAGGUCCUUCAGCCCAUCAAGUCCACUCCCACCCGCCCCCCCCCCCCAAAGAGUAUCCCACCCAGACAUACCCUACCCCUGUAACCCAAAGACAAAAGACCUAUCUAUCCCAGGGCACUAUGGGACAAUUUCCCAUGGCCAUUCCACCCUCACCUGCACAUCCCUGGGCACUAUGGGACAAUUUCCCACGGCCAAUCCACCCUCACCUGUCCAUCUUUGGACUGUGAGGAAACCAGAGCACCUGGAGGCAACCACCACAGACACGGGGAGGGAAAAUGUGCACACACCACACAGAUGGUUGGUCAACACUGGAAUUGAACCCAGGUCCCUAGCGCUGUCAGGCAGCAGCAAGGUGGCUUGUGCAUCAAGAUAUUUCCUAAACAACUCGGACCGGUAAACAUUCAGGAUUGAGCAGCGUUGUGAAAGGCUGAUCCCACAGGAACUCAGCACCACACUGUGCAUCACUCACAGCUAACAGGGGGUGAUGGACUGGCGCUGGUCCCUCACAGCCAGCUGUCCCCAGACUGCAAGGAGACCAAAGACUGGAGCAGCUAGCUCCAUCCACCUUCCAGCUGGAGAGACAAGCUUGGAUAUUCAGCACAGGGCUGGCGUGUGGAACCAAAGCAGAUCUGCCUGUAACCCCAGGGGAUGGGGACUUGCUCACUAUACAAGUUACCUUCCAUCUCGGAAACAUUCAUUUCAUUGUGGCCGUCCUCACCACUGCUGUAGUGGGCUUGUGUGAGCUCUGUCUUGUAACAAUAAACUGUUUUCUC